AUGUCUGGUUGCUAGAAGAAAACAAAAAAACAAGUUAUCAAGCGUAAUGUCAUUGUCAUAAAACAUUUUUUUCUAGAGAAACUAAAAUAACAUCAUAAAAAUCUAAAAACCUUAAAUUUUACAAAAAAUUGAAAAAUAUUCAAAAGCUAUUGCACACAAAGAGCCAGCAUACACAGUGACGGUUUACAAUAAUGUCUGUAUUACCACGGGGAUAUGAGACUUUUCGGCCUUGUGCAAGGUACGGAUAUGUCAAGGGCGAAUACAGUAUCUACUACAAGAGGCCUCGAUAUGGACAGCCCAGGCCUCAGCCUUUCCAGAGAGAGUCCACGGCCAUUUGCUUGGGGCCUUCUAAUGCAACUGUAGAAAGACCUUGCUGUUACGACUAUCCAUGUAGAGCUCAUUGUUUCAACCACGGCGCUUCCACAAGGCCAAGUGGGAGAUACGCUCGCACCGUUUGGUACCCAGGGGAAUGCUGCCCCGUGGUAUCCCCGUGCCAGGCAUUCACUUGUCCCAACCCACCUUACCAUCCCUGCUGCUACCACACUUGUAACAAACUCGUCUAAAAUCGAAAAACAUUGUAUCUACUGUGAUUAUCCUGAGUUAUACUAAUGGUAUUUGUUUGUAAAUCGUCGCUCGUGUUGUCUAAUAAAAACAAGAGUACCUAUUA